UUUUUUUUAUUUUCUCACCGAAAGUCACCAUAAUGUCGAAGGUGAAAGCAAACAAGGCAGACCCUCCUGCUAAUUCAGGACGAGCCAAGCCGACAGAGAAAAGUGACACAGUGAGAAUGAAAAGAAAACACUGGAUGCAAGAGAGGUACAGAAAGAAAAAGCCUCCACCCAAGUACCAGCAGAGAGCCAAAGCUCAGCAGACCUUACCUCCAACAGACACCCGACAGUUCUCUGCAAACUGGAAAAUAUUGCAAGAGAUGCUGAAGGUCAGUCAGCCGGAGAAGAAGCAGGAGCCCGUGGCACCAAAACAUCAGAAUGGUGCUCUGCAAAAAAAGGGAGCUAAAGAAAAUCAUUCUAAAAAUAUAUCCGGGGACAAUACCUGUCCCAGGAAGACAGACACUGAGAAAAAAGUAAAGCACAAAACAGCUCCUAACAGCGCCGUCCCUAGGGACUCUCAGGUGAACUUGAAGCUUCCAGGUGUCUCAGACAAGACGACAAGACAGCCUGCUGCUCCAAAAAGGAAAAAGGACGAUGGAAAGUCAAACAGCGAGCAAGCAGCCAAGAAGAAGAAGAAGAAGUCGUCGCCGUCUGUGGUUGAAGAGACGAAACCUACAGAAGCGGACCUCUGGUUUGAUGACGUAGACCCUGACGAUAUUGAGGCCACAAUUGGAGCAGAGGCAGCAGAGAUCAUGAGGAAGAAGCAGGGCAUUCAGAAGAACAAGGACACGGAGAGCUCCCUGGUGAAGGAGAAGGCGUUUGAGGGCCUCACCAAAGCUGUGGCCAUUGAUUGCGAGAUGGUGGGAGUCGGUCCUGACGGAGAGGACAGCAUCUUGGCUCGCGUGUCCCUCGUGAACCAGUUUGGGAAAUGCAUCUAUGACAAAUAUGUGAAACCCACAGAGAAGGUGACAGACUACAGGACAGCCGUCAGCGGCAUCCGACCACAGGACAUCAAAGAUGGAGAGGAUUUGCGCACAGUGCAGAGGGAGGUUGCUGAGAUCCUGCAAGGCAGAAUAGUUGUUGGACACGCAAUACACAACGACUUAAAGAUUUUACUCUUGGAUCAUCCAAAAAAGAAAAUCCGGGACACUCAGAAGUACAAACCUUUUAGGAAGCGUGUAAAGAGUGGUCGACCUUCUCUGAAAGUCCUCUGUCGAGAAAUACUCAACGUUAAGGUCCAAGAGGGAGAACAUUCAUCCGUCCAAGAUGCCCAGGCCACCAUGAGACUUUACACACUGGUGAAAAAACAAUGGGAGGCAGAGAUUAAAGCCAGUAAGACCAACAAAGACACAGACCAGAAGAAGGAGAGAAAGCCAAAGUUUCCCAGGAACAAGGGCAAGAAGCUCACGUGAUUAUGAACUCAAAGCUUCAAGAGGACAGAUUGUCCCUGAAUCAGAGCAGACUUAAACAAUCUUUGGUUUGACCUUUGACCUCUUUAAAAGGAGACUUUUUUUAAAAUAAAGUAACAGAUGUGAA